AUGCAUUUGUGUAAUAUAUAUAUAGAGGGAGAGAGAGAGAAGGGAGAGAAUAGCCAAGAAAAGCCCAUUUGUCGUGUGUAAGAAAAAGCCAGACACUUUAGCUUUUUAGUGCUCCCCCUCCCUCCUCUUUCUCUCCAUUUCUUUUCUCUCACUGUAAAUCCAAAAAACAAAAACAAAAACAAAAAAAAAAAAGAAGAAAAGUCUGCUUAUACAAUCAUCUUUUCUGAAAAUCGUGCACCCUUUGCUUCCGCCUUUCUUGUUAUGCAAAAAAAGGGGCUCCAAUUUGCUUUCUUUUCUCACCCCACUUGCUCUUCACUUCGAUUCUUGGAGCUGUUCUGCUACGCUAUGGAGCUUCACAGAGGAAAUGAUGAUGAUUUGAAGAUUCUGUGAGCUCCGUUUCUAUGGCUCACUCUCACCCCGCCAAUGCGAAUACCAAGAUUUCUGCUAAUGCUGCUCAAGGACUAAAGGGCUCUGCUGUUUUUCAUGAUUUCUUUGGCAAAGGCUGCCCCCCAGAUUCGUCUCCGGCCGCCUCUGCCUCCCUUGGCGCCUCCUCUGCCGGCGGCCGUACUCCCAUUUCCACCACUUCUGAUCUGGCCUCUGGGCCAGAGACAAGUUAUCGAUAUUCUGGAAGUAAAAGGUGUAAUUCAGAUUCUAUUAUGGGGGCGUCUAGAGAUAAAUUUCCGACAGUUCGACCAGACUCGCUAGAGAGCUCACGAGCAAUGAAGCUGCUACAGAGUGCUGGAGGAGAGCGACUAAUUAGAAGGCCAUACGAUGAAGAGGCUUCACUUGGAGUGCAUCCAAUGAGGCCACUUUCAGCAUCUCUUAUGUCGCAAUCUUCCUUGGGUGCUAAACCUGAUGCCACCAACACUUCAAGGUGGGAUCGAGGUGUUCCGAUUAAUGUUGGGCCCACAUUGCAGUAUCCUCCACGUGCCAGCCAAAUUUCGCCUUACAGCUAUCAAGCACCAUCGAACAGGUUCAGAGAUGGCAUUGCUGGCCCUUCAGUAAUAUCUCAAGCAGCUGCUGAUGAGGGAUCAAGGACGGGAAUCAAAGGAUCUGGAAUAUUGAGCUCCAUCAAUGCAAGUGGUGGCAUGACUGAUCGAGCCCUUCCUGGGGUGCCAUUAAGUAGCUGUAAGCAGAAGUCCGGGGUUCACAUUUCUGAGCCAGAAUCUUCUACUAAUCUCAGCCAGAGAGGAGCGGCAUCUACUGGUCGUCAGAUGACUAUAUUUUAUGGUGGCCAAGCCCACGUUUUUGAUGAUGUGCAGCCCAACAAGGCAGAUAUUAUUAUGGCCUUAGCUGGUUCAAAUGGAGGAUCUUGGUCCACGACCUAUGCUCCAAAAUCUGCGCCAAGGCCGUCUAGCAUAGAGAAUUGUAUGCCUAGUGGUGAGAAUGAGAUGGGCGUUGGAAGGGGCACGAGUUUGUUACGGGAAUUGCAAAACAGGUCAUCUCUCAGAGCGGUCUGUAGUCAUGCAUCUGGUUCCGGUGAUCAAAUCUCUCUACCUCCUGGUAUUCAUCGAGGCAGUUUCAUCGCUAAGGAAGCAAGAGCUGCGGUUCAAACAGCAGAAACUAUGAAUGAAGAAAAACGCGAUAUAUGAUCGAUCUUGUACUAAAGAAAGUUGAGAAGCCAUUGAUACUUUUGCUUUUCUUCUUUUCCUUCUUUAGCUUAACAUUUUUUAGUUCACUGCUAAUAGAAACUCAUGAACAGGUCCAUUUAGCCCUCCUUCAAUGUAGCCUUUCUGUAUUGUUUUAAUUUUUGUUAUUGGUACCCUCAACUUGAAUGCUCAUCUGCCUAUGUUCAAAACAAUCAAGUUGUAUUUAUAUUUAUUUAUAGGUUUUGAUGAAGUUCUCAAGAA